CACCCAGCAGUACAACAGACAAACAAACAAACCAUGAGACUUCUAGUGAUACAAGCUGUGGCGCUGCUGGCCAUUCUUGGAUCAGCGAGGGCGGAAAAGUCUUCUACUGAUGGUAGUUGUUCGAAGCAGGAGGAAGGACUCACCUACGGUAUCGCGGGUGACUGUCACAAGUAUUUACUUUGCAAGAAGGGUGUGUUAGAGAUUAAAGAUUGCAAGAAAAAGUACUACGAUAUGGUGACAGGAAAGUGUGUACAAGCAGAUCGUGCUAUCUGUGCUGUGGAAACUGCUCCAGAACCGGAACCUCAGCCAGAACCAGUUCCAGAGCCAGAACCAGAACAAGAGGAGGACGCUGAGCAGUAUGAUUACCUUUGUUACAAAGUGUUGUACGGUGUACGAGCUCAUCCAACGGCAUGCGAUCGGUAUCUCGUGUGUAAUAAAGAAAAGGCAACGAUUGAACGAUGUGAAGACGGUCUCAUAUUUAUAGCUGAUUUUAUUAGCUGUAGCCCCGGCAGCAAAGUGACGUGUACGGCAGAGCCUGACGAACCAACAACCCAAAGUACUGUUGUGGAGCCAGAGCCAACCUUCCCAACUACUGUAGAGGCCGUAUCUGAGGAGGAUUCCUCGGAGAGCUCUGGAACGUACGAUUAUCUGUGUGCCAAGACUCUUGUAGGAAGCGUGGCUCACCCUGAGUCGUGCAACAAAUACAUCUCCUGCUACAAGUACAAGGCCAAGGAACAGAGCUGCAUUAAGGGUUAUGCAUACACCUCGAAACUGCAUCUAUGUAUCAAGCAGAAGAAUGGAGCGUGCCCUGACGAUGUUCAAGAGGAGUCUACAACCCAAAGCACUGUUGUGGAGCCAGAGCCAACCUUCCCAACUACUGAAGAGGCCGGAUCUGAGGAGGAUUCCUCGGAGAGCUCUGGAACGUACGAUUAUCUGUGUGCCAAGACUCUUGUAGGAAGCGUGGCUCACCCUGAGACGUGCACCAAAUACAUCUCCUGCUACAAGUACAAGGCCAAGGAACAGAGCUGCAUUAAGGGUUAUGCAUACACCUCGAAACUGCAUCUAUGUAUCAAGCAGAAGAAUGGAGCGUGCCCUGACGAUGUUCAAGAGGAGUCUACAACCCAAAGCACUGUUGCGGAGCCAGAGCCAACCUUCCCAACUACUGAAGAGGCCGGAUCUGAGGAGGACUCCUCGGAGAGCUCUGGAACGUACGAUUAUCUGUGUGCCAAGACUCUUGUAGGAAGCGUGGCUCACCCUGAGACGUGCAACAAAUACAUCUCCUGUUACAAGUACAAGGCCAAGGAACAGAGCUGCAUGAAGGGUUAUGCAUACACCUCCAAACUGCAUCUAUGUAUCAAGCAGAAGAAUGGAGCGUGCCCUGACGAUGUUCAAGAGGAGUCUACAACCCAAAGCACUGUUGUGGAGCCAGAGCCAACCUUCCCAACUACUGAAAAGGCCGGAUCUGAGGAGGAUUCAUCGGAGAGCUCUGGAACGUACGAUUAUCUGUGUGCCAAGACUCUUGUAGGAAGCGUGGCUCACCCUGAGUCGUGCAACAAAUACAUCUCCUGCUACAAGUACAAGGCCAAGGAACAGAGCUGCAUUAAGGGUUAUGCAUACACCUCGAAACUGCAUCUAUGUAUCAAGCAGAAGAAUGGAGCGUGCCCUGACGAUGUUCAAGAGGAGUCUACAACCCAAAGCACUGUUGUGGAGCCAGAGCCAACCUUCCCAACUACUGAAAAGGCCGGAUCUGAGGAGGAUUCCUCGGAGAGCUCUGGAACGUACGAUUAUCUGUGUGUCAACGCUAUUCAAGGUAGCGUGCCCCACCCAGACUCCUGCACGAAAUACAUUGUCUGUUCCAAUAGUAAGGCGAAAGAAGAAAGCUGCAAUAAUGGAUACUACUUCUCGGUCUACCUGAAGUCGUGCAUCAAAGGAAACAGCGAAACUUGUGCUGAGAUCAAUGGAAAUGAUGGUACCUCGUCACAAGUACCGCCUGCCAUCACUGAAGCCGUUCCACCAGAAGUUGGAGGUGAUCCUGGAGACGGGAACACGGGCUGCAUUGAGGGCUUUACCGGCUACAUACCGAUCGCAAAUGACUGCACGAGCUACGUUUACUGCUUCCAGGGAGAACCGAGCGUUCGAAAGUGUCUGGAGGAUUACAUCUACUACGACCCAUUCAAGGCGUGCCUUCCGGGUGAUACUGUGCUUUGUAAACUGUACACUAUUUAGAAGGCUCCCGUAUAAAAAAACACAAACAACACUACCAUAAAGUGAUAGAACAAACUAGUUGUGAUAACGUUUUUACUCUUAUCCAUGUAACGGUGUGCAACCGUGGCUUUUCAAGCUCGUGUACGUUUGCUGCUAUACAGAAAGGGAAAAUAAAUCGAUGCCCGUGACGGUUACGAUACGGUGUAAUUGACAA